CGAGGCUCCGGGACCCAGGAGCCAGGCACCGGGUGGGCGGUCCCUCCCCGGCCAGGCCCCGCCCCGCGCCGCCCCGCCCCGCGCCACUCUCUGGCGCCCAUAGCGACCCAGCCCCACCUGCGCUCCGCCCCUCACUCGCCACGCAUGCCCAAGCCGCGGUCACGCAUGCGCAGCUACCUCCGCUCGGCCCGCCCUUGCCGCCAUGGAGCGCAUCGAGGGCGCGGCUGUGGGCCCCUGCCCCAGUUCCGUGUACCUGUGUCCGCUCCGGCUGCACUACCGCCAGAAUGGUGUCCAGAAGUCCUGGGACUUCAUGAAGACGCAUGACAGUGUGGCCAUCCUCCUGUUCAACUCUUCGCGGAGGAGCCUGGUGUUGGUGAGGCAGUUCCGGCCAGCUGUGUAUGCAGGUGAGGUGGAGCGCCGCUUCCCGGGGUCCCUGGCAGCUGUGGCCCAGGACGGUCCCCCAGAGCUGCUGCCCGCCCUGCCUGGCUCUGCGGGUGUGACAGUGGAGCUGUGCGCUGGCCUCAUGGACCAGCCUGGGCUCUCAAUGGAGCAGGUGGCCUGCAAGGAGGCCUGGGAGGAGUGCGGUUACUGCCUGGCCCCCUCUGACCUGCGGCGGGUCGCCACAUACAGGUCCGGCGUGGGACUGACAGGUUCCAGCCAGACCAUGUUCUACGCGGAGGUGACAGAUGCCCAGCGAGGCGGACCAGGUGGGGGCCUGGCAGAGGAGGGCGAACUCAUCGAGGUUGUGCACCUGCCCCUGGAUGGCGCCCAGGCCUUCGCAGACAACCCCAACAUCCCCAAGACCCUCGGUGUCAUCUUUGGCAUCUCAUGGUUCCUCAGCCAGGUGGCCCCCAGCCUUGGUCUGUAGUGAGACUUGGGCUCUGAACUGGGCUCUGGACUGAGGCAGCUCCAGGCUUGGCCCUGCCCUGUGGACCAAUAAAGCCAUGUACUUUAGCUGACGGCA